GCCCCGCCCUGUGUGCCGGGGCCGGACGCGGGGGCUCUGUGGUCCGCGCCGCCGGGUUCUCGGUCGCCCCGCCCCGCCCCGUCCGCGCCAACGCCCGCUCUGUGGGUCAAUCAGUCAGUCAGUCCCGGAGCGCGCGCCGCGGGAGCUGAGGGCGGAGAGGAGCGGCGCGCCUGGGGGACGCGAGCAGCUGCUGCCUCGCGCGGGGCUCCCGGAGGGCCGAGGGGCUGCCACGAUGGAGCAAUUAUCAGAUGAGGAAAUUGACCAUGGUGCUGAAGAAGACAGUGACAAGGAAGAUCAGGACCUGGAUAAAAUGUUUGGAGCCUGGCUUGGGGAACUGGACAAACUCACUCAGAGUUUGGAUUCUGACAAGCCUAAAGAACCAGUGAAAAGAUCUCCUCUUCGCCAGGAAACAAACAUGGCCAACUUUUCUUACCGGUUCUCCAUAUACAACUUGAAUGAAGCUCUGAAUCAGGGAGAGACUGUGGAUCUGGAUGCCCUGAUGGCUGAUCUCUGCUCCAUAGAACAGGAGCUCAGCAGUAUUGGCUCAGGAAAUAGUAAGCGUCAAGUCACAGAACCAAAAGUCACUCAGAAGCUACCUAGCCGGCAUACGUCGAAACAUGGCUCUCUGAGAGGAGUAGGAGUAUCAUCUUCUUCUAACAGAACAACUACUAAGCCUUCCCAUGCUAACUACUCCCUGGAUGACAUCACUGCACAAUUAGAACAGGCUUCUUUGAGCAUGGAUGAGGCUGCUCAGCAAUCUGUAGUAGAAGAUUCUAAACCUUUAAUGACGAAUCAGCACAGAAGGACUGCAUCAGCUGGCACUGUGAAUGAUGUUGAAGUGCACUCUGUUAGUAACUCCUCCCGUUCGAGCAUCACUUCUGCAGCUUCUAGCAUGGAUUCUUUGGAUACUGACAAAGUGGUGCGCCCUCAAGAACUGGAUUUGACAACACAUCAGGGACAGCCAGUUACUGAGCACUCCUAUCUGGACAGGGAAACCUCCCUUCUUCUGAGAAACAUUGCAGGAAAACCUUCUCAUUUGCUGACCAAGGAGGAACAAGCAGCAAAACUGAAAGCUGAGAAGAUUAGAGUUGCCCUGGAAAAAAUUAAAGAGGCUCAAGUGAAAAAGCUGGUGAUCAGGGUCCACAUGUCUGAUGACAGUUCUAAAACAAUGAUGGUGGACGAGAGACAGACUGUGAGACAAGUGCUGGACAACCUGAUGGACAAAUCUCACUGUGGCUACAGUUUAGACUGGUCGCUGGUGGAGACCGUUUCUGAGUUACAAAUGGAGAGAAUCUUUGAAGACCAUGAAAACUUAGUUGAAAAUCUUCUUAAUUGGACAAGAGAUAGCCAAAACAAGCUUAUAUUUAUGGAACGUAUAGAAAAAUAUGCACUUUUUAAAAACCCACAGAAUUACCUUCUUGGAAAAAAGGAAACAGUUGAGAUGGCAGACAGGAACAAAGAAGUGUUGUUAGAGGAAUGUUUUUGUGGAAGUUCUGUAACUGUCCCAGAAAUUGAAGGGGUCCUUUGGUUAAAAGACGAUGGCAAGAAGUCCUGGAAGAAGCGUUACUUUCUCUUGCGAGCAUCUGGCAUCUACUAUGUCCCUAAAGGAAAAGCAAAGGUAUCUCGGGAACUGGUGUGCUUUCUUCAGCUGGAUCAUGUUAAUGUGUACUAUGGGCAGGACUAUCGGAGCAAGUACAAAGCACCCACAGACUGUUGUCUGGCAUUAAAGCACCCACAGAUCCAGAAGAAGUCUCAGUAUAUCAAGUACCUCUGCUGUGACGACGUGAGGACUCUGCACCAGUGGGUCAAUGGCAUCCGAAUCGCAAAGUAUGGGAAGCAGCUCUACACAAAUUACCAAGAAGCCUUGAAGAGGACAGAGUCCGCUUAUGAUUGGACUUCUUUAUCCAGCUCCAGCAUUAAAUCUGGGUCCAGUUCUUCCAGCAUCCCAGAGUCUCAGUCAAAUCAUUCUAAUCAGUCUGACAGUGGAGUCUCUGACACCCUACCCACAGGACACAUCCGUUCCCAAAGCACUGUGAGCUCCAUCUUCUCGGAAGCCUGGAAGCGUGGCACUCAGCUGGAGGAGUCCAGCAAGGCCAGAAUGGAAUCUGUGAAUCGGUCCUACACUUCACUUAUGCCCCCUCUGUCCCCUUACACUGCCUCACAACCUUCACCCCCCCUGCCGCCGCCUCCUCCUCCUCCUCCUCCUCCUCUUCCUCCUCCUCCUCCUCCUCCUCUCCCUAGCCAGUCUGCACCUUCUGCAGGCUCAUCAGCCACCAUGUUUGUCAAGUACAGCACAAUCACCAGGCUGCAAAACGCAGCUCAGCAUUCAGGGUCCCUGUUUAAGUCUCUGCCACCCCCAGCCAUGCAACCUCUGCCUUUGGCUUCACAGUCCCUCAAGGCUCAAAUUGUGGUGCCCCCCAAUGGAGUUAUUCCUCCACCCCCUCCUCCUCCACCACCCCCAACCCCUGGUUCAGCCAUGGCCCAGUUAAAGCCAGUGCCAUGCGCCCAGUCCCUGCCACAGUUCUGCUCCCAACCCCCUCCACUGAAGAUUCAUCAAGUUCAUCAAGUGGCACCUCCCACACCCCCACCAGCUCCUCCCAUCCCUGCAACUGUCCCUCCUCAAGCACCCCCUAAACCCCUGGUGACCAUUCCUCUUUCAUCCAGCACCAAAACUGUACCAUCAAUAGUGGCACAAGCUGCACCACUCACCCCUGCACCUCCAGCGCCCCCAGCAAAGAAGCAGCCAGCUUUCCCCAUUUCUCACAUUCCACCCUCUCCCCCUGUUCAGCCUGCUCCGUGUCCACCACCAACACUACCCAAGCAGCAGAGCUUUGGGGUGAAGCCACCCCCCUCUCCACUGUCCCCCAUGCCCUCAGUUGUGAAGCAGAUAGCCAGUCAGUUCCCACGCUCUCCCACUCCUCCUCCUGUGGACUCACAGCCCCUAAAGCCCCUCCCGGCAAGUGUCACCCCACAGUCCCCUCCUGCAGUGAAAGCAAAACCCAAGUGGCAGCCCAGCUCAAUCCCUGUCCCUUCCCCAGAUUUCCCUCCUCCCCCUCCAGAAAGCAGCCUGGUGUUUCCUCCUCCACUUCCUCCAAGCCCAGCCCCAGCCCCACCCCCACCCCCACCCCCAGUGCCACCCGUGGCUUCACCUAUCCCUGACAAAGGUGGAUCUCCAGGCAAAAAGCCAAGUAAGAUGUCCAGCCCUGGGGGAAAGAAACCACCCCCAACCCCACAGCGCAACUCCAGCAUUAAGUCCGAGCACCCUGAGCCCAAGCGGCCCUCGGUAGACAGUCUAGUCAGCAAGUUUGCACCGCCAGCAGAAUCGGGGUCUCCCCACAAGGAGACCCCACCUCCUCCUGCAGCACCUCCCAAACCUGGGAAACUACACCUUUCUGGAGUCAAUCUCCCUGGAAUCCACCAGCAAGGGAGUGUGUCAACAACGCCUUCUGUUCUGAGUGGGCGUGGAAAGGACUCCGUAGUGGAAUUCCCAUCUCCUCCAUCCGAUUCUGACUUUCCACCCCCUCCGCCUGAAAUAGAGCUUCCUCUGCCCCCUAUUGAGAUUCCAGCCAUAUUCUCGGGAAACACCUCCCCCAAAGUGGCAGUUGUUAGUCCUCAGCCACAGCUAUGGUCUAAAACAUCUGUGAAGAAGGCCCCGCCCACCCGGCCCAAACGAAAUGAUAGCACCCGCCUCACUCAAGCUGACGUCUCUGAGCAACCAGCGGUGACCACAGCUGUGCCACAAGUGCCCACCUCUCCCAAAUCCAGCCUUAGUGUCCAGCCUGGAUUCCUAGCUGAUCUUAACAGGACACUGCAGCGCAAGUCCAUCACGCGGCAUGGCUCCCUCUCCUCUUCACGAAUGUCCAGAGCAGAACCCACGGCCACCAUGGACGACAUGGCACUACCCCCACCACCACCAGAACUGCUGUCUGACCAGCAGAAGGCUGGCUUUGGAGGCAGUCAUAUUUCAGGCUAUGCAACACUGCGAAGAGGACCCCCUCCCGCUCCCCCUAAAAGAGACCAGAAUACUAAGCUCUCAAGAGACUGGUAGCCACAAGACUUAAUAUCUAUAAUCAGUUCUACAAUCAGUUUACCUGAUCAUCUGUGAAUCCAGGUGUUCAUAGCCUCCUGAAAUGUUAUUCAGGUAGUGUCCAGCUGUAUGUGUGUUUGUGUGUAUAUGUGCUGCCUGUGUGUACAUGCAUGUACACACAGCUUUACAGAUUGUGUGUAUAUACGUGUGUAUACAUCUGUGAAUGUGUAUAUAUGGAGAGAACUGAUUCUAUUUAUUUCUUUUGCCUCCUAAUCAGAAAAUAGGGUUUUGUAUAUUUUGAGUGGAAGGAGACAUAGUUGUCACUUAUAAUUUGUUUAUCAUAUGGAUUGGACCAAAAUCUAGAAGGUAUUUCCUGUCUGUCCAUGUGCCACAUGUGCAUGUGUUAUAGAAGAAGUAGAUGGGCAGUUCCUCAGUUUGAGGAUAUCAUGAGAAUGUUUGCUAUAUCUGUAGCGCUUUUUUGUUUUUCUCAGUUGGCUGAAUUUAGAACUGCUUAACUGACACUUGAAUACUACAUAUAAAGGGGCACUUUAAUUCGGGAAAGCCUUCAAUAUACAGAACGGGUAAAUGGCACAGGAAGGGAAAAUGCUGAAGACACUGUGGUUGUACAUAGGAAAGUCAUGGCGUUCUAGUUGCAAUAGUCCUGCCAUGAUCCCAGCCACAUCUUGAGAUGUCUUCACAGGUAAGCUUUUUGCCUACAACACAAGAAAUAUUUAAUGCUAUAAUCCUAACUAAGUAGUCUUGCAAAGCUUCAUCAGUUUGGUUUCAGGAGUCUUGUUUUUUUUGUAGAAUGUCCAGUACACACUGUAAUGUACUGCCCCAAUUAUAUCUUUGGGUCAUUUACCUUCGCAUAUAGUGUAUACAUUAGUAGACAUUUGAAUUUGCGGAUAGUAGAAAUAUGAAAUAUACUCCCUGUGCCCAGUGCAGUACAUCAUUAAAAAAGUCACUUCUGCAA